AUGAAGGUACUCUCUAUUUUGGGCCUUGCGGCUAUUGCCCGGGCCGUUGACCCUCUCGUCACCCUCAACUACACGCAACUACAGGGCUCCGCUAUCGAGUCCUCUGGAGUGACGCAGUGGCUCGGUGUGCGCUAUGCUGCGGCGCCGGUGGGCGAUCUACGGUUCGCCGCGCCCAUCAACCCGCCGACGACGACGGAUGUGCAGGACGCCACGCAGUUCCAAGCCGUCUGUCUGCCGCGCAACCCGUCUGACUUUACGAUGCAUAGCAAGCGGUUCAAUGUCUCCGAGGACUGCCUCUUUGCCAACAUCUUUGCGCCGUCCAACGCCACAAACACCAGUGCCUUGCCCGUGCUCUUCUUCAUCCAGGGUGGCGGGUUCUCGUCCAACUCCAACGCCAAUUUCAACGGCAGUGAUCUGGCCACCUUUGGCAACAUCAUCGUGGUCCAGAUCAAUUACCGCGUGGGACCCUACGGCUUCCUGCAGAGCCGUGAGGUGCAGAACAACGGCAGUCUCAACAAUGGCCUCAAGGACCAGAUCCAGGGUUUGCAGUGGGUCCAGCAGAACAUUGCACAGUUUGGCGGUGAUCCCAAGCAUAUCGUGGCCUCUGGCGACUCCGCUGGUGCCACAUCGCUAGGACUGCUUCUCGCAGCGUGGGAUGAGCAAGACCCGCGCCUGAUCAAAGGAGCUAUUCUGGAGUCACCGUCAGUGGCUACGCUUCGCACUCUGGACCAGGGCCAGGAGCAGUACAACUGCCUGCUGCAGGCGACCAACUGCACGCUUGCUGCCAAUACACUGAGCUGCCUGCGCGCCGUCAAUGCCACCGCGCUACAGACAGAGCAGUGCCAGUUCAACCCACACUUGGACAACGACCUCGUUCGCCGCCCCAUGCUGCAGAGCUUCGACGAAGGCCGCUUCCUGCAUGUUCCCAUCAUUGCUGGUACCUGCGCCGACGAGGGCACCAAGAACGUCCCGUCCAUGACGAACACGACCGGGCAGGCGCUUCGUUUCAUUGACAACCGCGUUUUCAAUGUGCUCUCCAACGCAUCGCUGGCGCUGCUCAACACGACGUACCUGUUGACGAACCAUACGGGCGUCAUCGCUGUGGCCAACACGUUUGCGCAGUUCCCCAGCAGUGGGCCCCUUUGGAGGCCGUUGGCCAAUGCGGCUGGUGAUAUCGCUGCUCACUGCAUCACGGCACGUCUGCAGAACGCCAUUGCCCGGGAGGGCGUCAAGACGUUCAACUACCGGUUCGCGGUGCGUGACGAAGAGCAGGAGCGCCUCGGUUUCGGUUCCUAUCACACGGUCGAGCUGAACGCCGUGUUCGGGCCCAACAACACCGACGGGAACCCGCCCAAGUCGUACCGCGAGGGCCAGAGCAAUGCUGCCAUUGUGCCCGCGACCAUGGCCUACUGGACGUCCUUUGUCAAGGCGCUCGACCCCAACGACCUGAAGCUGGCCGGCAUGCCCGACUGGACGGCGUGGGCCGGCCCCGAGGGCCGCCAGCGGCUGCGGUUCCAGACCAACGCAACGGGACUGGAGGUGAUGCCGGACGACCAGGUGGCCAACUGCGAGAUGCUGGAGCCGAUGCUGCCGGCGAUUGAGACAAUUUCGGCGCCCGGUACGGUCGUGAGGCUCAACCCGCGCGGCCAGAAGAACGGCACUUCGUGGGCCCAGACAGCCGGGCAGAAGCAGAGGAGCGCCGCGGCGGGCCGGGCUGGUGGUGCUGCAAACCUUGUGGGGACAGUCGCCGGCCUUGCUGCGGUCAUGGCCGCGCUGGUGAUGAUCUAA